ACCGAUUGGGCCACAUCGAUGGGCAGCUUUCAAAGCCUUCAGCCAACCCCUUGACCAGAUCUCUAGCGCACCCCUGUCACUUACCAGCACCCCCUGCCUGCCGCCCCUGGAGCCGCGCGCCACCAGGAGACAGCAGGGCAUUUUCAAUGUGGAGACGACUGUUUUCGUGAACUUUGGCCCUCACCUCACCCCUCGCCAAACGUCACAUCGCCAGAGGAGCAAAGGGUCCUAGCGCCCACGAAGCCCUCACUGGCUGCCAUGUUGGGCCGUUCUGCCCGUCCCCAACCACACAGGGUGUGAAUGCAGUUGCUAGGAGAUGCUGGUCUGGCUGGUCCACGGCCUUGUCUGGGCCAGACUCUCCACCAUGAAGUGACAUGAGUUCUCCUUUGCAUGGGGGGUCAUGGACCCGAUGUUAUGCCCUCAUGUUGGUAUAAACAGAGUCCUGCCCUCGUCUCCGUUCCCGCUCUUCUCUUUCUCGGUCAGUAGUGUUCAAACGUUUUGUGGUGUGGCAUUUCCUUUACCUUACUCUAACCAACAACCGACGGCAAAGUCAUUCGCUUCUUUGCCUCAAGCUUCUUUUCUUUUUCCCACCAUCAUUGGAUUUCCUUGUCGACACAAUCGUUCAGACGACAUCAUCAUUUUAAGCCAGCAUUGUAUCUGAAGGCGCAAGGUUCGCCCGAUAUUCUACCGGCAUUCAUUCAGCCCACCGCCAUAAACUAUACUCGGUCUAUCGUUCUACUGUCCAUAUUGACACGCAGCUCGUCACCAUGAAGAGCUAUAUCCCCCUUAUCGCCCUCGCGGCCGGCGUAGAGGCCACUUUCAAGAAGGCUCCUGCUUUCACCUGCCCCGAGAACAUCGACAACAAGUGUACCCCUAAGCAGCAAUCUGGCUUCGACUGGGCUGAUCUCAUUCCUGGUCCGUUCGCCAACUACGGAGACUUCACCUUCAAGGGCUUCGAGUGCGGCAGUGACGGAAAUAAGGGUCGUUUCGACUCUCGCCCCGGCAGCGGCAAGUUCAUUGGUGGUACUUGCCACCCUGAGAAGAACAAGUCUCCAUCUUUCGGCUGCGGUCCCGUUGUCGACAAGUUCUCCCUCGGUACCAUUGUUGUCCAGCCCGAGUUCGACUGCGAUCUCGAGUUCCACUAUGACAUGCCCAACGGCUCUGUCUGCAAGACUCGCCACGCUUGCAAGAAGUCCGGUACCACCAUCAAGAACAAGCAGUGCGGUGGUGCCAAGAAUGUCACCAUCAUCUUCCCUCCUCAGAACAAGCCCAAGAAGAGCUGCGCCAUCAAGGUCCCCACUGUCUCUUUCGACUGCAACACUGCCUCCAGCACCAAGCCUGUGACCACCCAGCCCGCGACUACCAAGCCUGCCACCACCACUGCCGUUGUCACCACUCCUGCCGAUGUGACCAGCACCGCCCCUGUGGAGACCUCGCCCGCUGAGACCGAGACUUCUACUGCUAUUGUUCCGGGCGAGACUUCCACUGCUGUCCUUCCCGAGACCACUGCCCCUGCUGAGGAGACUUCCACUGUCCCUGCCGAGGAGUCUACGGCUACCGUCCCCGCCGAGGAGACCUCCACUGUCCCUGCUGAGGAGUCCACCGCCACCGUUCCCGCUGAGGAGACUGCUACGGUCCCUGCUGAGGAGACCACCACUGCUCCUGCUGAGGAGACCGCUACUGUUCCCGCUGAGGAGACCACCACUGCCCCCGCCGAGGAGACGGCCACCGAGCCUGCUGGUGAGACUACUACUGAGGUUGCCGGCGAGACCACUAGCACUGAGCCUGCCGCCAUCACCACUCCCAUCACCACCGUGAUCACCACCGAGUUCGAGACCAUCUCCACCAUCUUCACCACUCAGACCGAGACCAUCACCCAGUGCGAGCCUACCGUCCCUGACUGCCCGGCCAACUCCAUCAAGACCACAAUCGUGACCGUUCCCGUCUCCACCACCAUCUGCCCCGUCACCGAGACUCUCACCACUGUCAUCGAGACCCCUAUUGUUGAGGAGACCUCUGCCCCCGCCCCUGUCGAGACUUCUCCUGCCGCUGGCGAGACCACCCCUGCUGCUGGCGAGACCACUGUCCCUGCUCCUGGUGUUACCGAGACCCCCGCCACCACCGUCAUUGACAUCCCCACCACUGGCAUUGUCACCUCUGUCAAGCCCGUCGAGACUCUCCCUUGCCCUGAGGUUGUCCCCUCGUGCUUGAACACCUUCCUCUUCCAGGUCGGCUGCUCUGAUAACACUGAUGCGGGGUGCUACUGCCCCGAUGCUCUCUUCGUCAAGAACGUCUACGACUGCUUGUACGCCCACGGUGGUUCCGAUCAGAUCAUCUCCGAGGCCGUCAUCUUCUUCCAGGGUCUCUGCGCUCCUUGGGCUGGUGGUAACCCCGCCGUAGUCACGGCUCCUACUGUCACCACCUACCUCACCAUCACCGCCACUCCCACUGUUGCUCCCAUCUACACCACCAUCACCAUCGACACCACCACUGUUGUUCCCUGCACUGAUGAUGCCGGUGUUGAGAUCCCCGGUAGCAGCACCACCGUUGUCAUUGCCACCACCGUCCCCGUUCCCGAGAUCGGCUUCACCACUGGCACUGCCGGCGUUGUUGAUGUUGUUCCCAUCACCGCUGCCCCCAUCGUCGACGGCGGUCUCCCCGGUGUUCCUGGCAACAACGGUGGCGGUGCCAUCAUCACUGCCAACGGCACCACCAUCUCGGUCCCCACCGGCACUGAAGGCCUCGUCCGCCCCACCCAGAGCGUCGUCCUCGCCGGUGGUGAGCGUGUUGCCGCCAGCUUCGGCCUUGCUGCCGUCGUCGCGGCUUUCGCUGCCUUUGCCCUCUAA